GAGAACGCCCCCUUAGCCCUUGCUGCCCUUAAGGGACUGCUGCUCAGGGCGCCGUGUUAGUGCAACAGCCGAGAUGAUCGCAAUAGCAUCGCCACUCGCGACCGUCAGUGUCUUCUUGCUCGUGCUGGUAGUGUCAGAAAUAUCCUGUCAGGAAUCAAACCUCUAUCACAGACGUCUAAGCAACCUAGCCACAUUUCCAGUGCAUUUCAUGCUGCUGAAGAAAGAUGGUUCUUAUCAUUUUGGCUAUGACACAGGCUUUUCUUAUAGAGAGGAACAUCGUUGGCCAACAGGUAUUGUUGAAGGCCAGUUUGGGUAUGAGGACCCACCAGGGACUCUUAGGGUGACACACUAUACUGCAGGCAGCCAUGGCUACAGGGCAACAGAAACUCUUCGUUAUUUGGUCCACACAGACGAACGCUACCAUUUAACGGGGCCAUUACCAUUCAGCAGGCACAACAAGCCAAUAUAUUAUUUACAUUUGUAAGGAUAUUAAUGUUAAUUUAGA